CCAAAUCCAACCAGAAUCUCUCCAGUCCAGUUCAAUUCAGUAGUUUUGUUUUGGACCUUUAAGUCCCUCCCUCAAUUUAGGAGUUACUGGUUAGUAGAUAGUAGGAGUAAUUUUACAUUAUUCCAUUGGAGCGCACCUUCUUUCUUCUUGCUUUUCUUUUCUAUUCUUUUCUAUUUCCAAAUCCAACGCGUUCUUCUGAUUCUUUCUUCAUCUUCAUUCUUCAUUCUUCAUUCUUCAUUCUUCAACACCGCCCUCCCCAACCCAAUCACCAUCUUCUUAUACAUCUUCCAAGCUUCAACCAUCCAUUCAAACCAAAGAUGGAACCAGAGCAACGGCGGAAGAGGAAGCGUGUGGUGGCAAGGCACCUCCACAUCUCAUCAAGAUCACUUUUUCUUUGCUUCUCCUUUUUAAUCUUCAUCUUCUUCCUCUCUUCCUACCAUCAUUUCUUCUCGCCCUCCACCUUCAGACCCUCUCUCACAGCCUCCACCCUCUCACUCCUCUACUCCUCCGCAAGCCACUCCGUUCUUGACCCUCUGCAAUCCACCACAUCCUCCUACACCCUCCAACACCGUAUCAUCUUCCCCGACCACCACCUCCUCAUCCUCACCAACCGCCAACAACACCACCAACUCCGCCAACUAGAGUGCGUAUACUACACCCUACACCCCAACGAUUCCUCACCCGGUUCAUCUGAGCCGCUCCUCCAUGUUCAGGUUCGACCAGUCCUCUCCACGGACCGCUAUGACGAAUCUCGAUCCAUCGUUAGGUGCCCAUUUACUGAGACCAACUAUUCCGCCGCCGGCGCCUCCCAAGCCGUCGACUUGCGGCGGCGCGGCGAGGUGGGUCGCCGGAAUUUGGGUAUUUUGAUGAACCAAACGGCUCAAUCUUGGGACAGGGUGGCCUACGAGGCGACCCUUGACGGAAACACCGUUGUGGUGUUCGUGAAAGGGUUGAAUCUCCGACCCCACAAGAUCUCGGAUCCGACCCGGAUCCGGUGCCAUUUUGGGCUGAAGAGCUUUCACAAGGACAAUGCGUUUUUGCUUACCACGAGGGCGGUUUCGGUGGCUCAAGAAAUUGUGAGGUGUAUGUUGCCGCAGAGCAUAAGGAAUAAUCCUGAUAAGGCUCGAGGAAUUUGGGUAACGGUGAGUAAUUUGGGUGGCAAUGUGAGGCACCCGGUUCGUGCCCUUGUGCCUUCUGUGGCUAGAGUUAGUAGUCCUGGUGGUGGUAGAGUUCAGAGGAGAAAUAGAGGCAAGUAUGAGUUGUGUGUGUGUACUAUGGUGUGGAACCAAGCUUCUGCGCUCAAGGAGUGGGUUAUGUACCAUGCUUGGCUUGGAGUGGAGCGUUGGUUUAUCUAUGAUAACAACAGUGAUGAUGAUAUUGAGAAGGUUGUUCAGGAUCUUGAUCUUCAAGGGUUUAAUGUUAGUAGAAAGGUCUGGCCUUGGAUUAAGACUCAGGAAGCAGGGUUUUCCCACUGUGCUUUGAGGGCUAGAGAGGAAUGCAAAUGGGUCGGGUUCUUUGAUGUUGAUGAGUUCUUCUACUUCCCCGGUGAGUUUCAUCAAUCGUUGGGGGAGGGUGUUCCUGGUGAGAAUUAUCUGAGAUCGGUUGUUGCCAAUUUCUCAUCUUCGAGAUCCAUUGCGGAGAUAAGAACAGCUUGUCAUAGCUUUGGACCUUCUGGGUUGAACUCACCCCCUAAACAAGGGGUUACUCUAGGGUACACUUGCCGGCUUCAGAGCCCCGAGCGGCACAAAUCCAUUGUGCGGCCGGAUUUGCUUGAUAUCAGUCUUCUGAAUGUGGUGCACCAUUUUCAGCUGAGGGAAGGAUUCAGGUAUCACAACAUGCCUGAAGGUACUGGUAUAAUAAACCACUACAAGUACCAGGUAUGGGAGACCUUCAAGGCCAAGUUCUUCAGAAGGGUUGCUACCUAUGUGGUGGACUGGCAGGAAGACCAGAACAAAGGAUCAAAGGAUAGAGCACCGGGAUUAGGAACAGAAGCCAUUGAACCACCUAACUGGCGGCUACAGUUUUGUGAGGUUUGGGACACUGGACUGAAGGACUUCCUUCUGUCUUACUUUCCUGACCCUGCAACAGGGAUGAUGCCCUGGGAAAGGUCUUCUCUAUAAUGGAUACUAAUGAGGGUGCUAACAUAUUGGUAGCUGGUACCCAUGUAAAGCACGAUGAUCACACUUGUUAAGCAUUCAUUCUUUUCAUUGUUUUUUGGGGGGGGGGCUUUCUGUUACAGAAAUUUUGUUUUCUUAUUUUUUAAAUGAUUUUAUAGAUAUGAAACAGACUCAUACAGAUGUAUAUUUGCAGCAAUAUCAAUGGAUUUUCUUCCAUUUUUUCUAGUUAA